AUGUUCAAACGACCGUCAUGUUUACAAGGCCGGCGGCAUGGCGAGGACACUGGUGAUUGGACCGCCUUUCCUGUACGCCAGCUCUUUGUGUUAGCAUUGUGCCGCAUCUGCGAGCCAAUCGCGUUCAUGUCGAUAUUCCCCUACGUCUACCAGAUGGUCGAAUCGUUCCACGUGACCGAUAACGAUCGCAAGAUUGCCCUGUAUGCUGGCAUGAUCACCUCGUCCUUCACGUUCGCCGAAUUCUCUGCAGGCAUGUUCUGGGGUCGCAUGAGCGACAGGAUUGGCCGGAAGCCGGUCCUGGUGAUGGGGUUGAUUGGCACGGCCAUCAGCAUGGUCGUCUUUGGCUUCGCUCCCAACUUGGCUACCGCCAUGGUCGCCCGAGCCCUAGGAGGACUGCUGAACGGCAACAUUGGCGUGCUUCAGACUACCGUCGCGGAGAUCGUAACGGUCAAGGAGCACCAACCCCGGGCAUACUCCAUCAUGCCGUUCGUUUGGUGCUUAGGGUCGAUCAUCGGACCCGCUGUGGGUGGUGCGCUGGCACAACCAUGCGACAACUACCCUUGGCUAUUCCAGCGUGACACCAUCUUCGACCGGUUCCCGUUUCUGCUGCCCAACUUGGUCUGCAUCGUCGUCCUGGUGUCCGGAGUCGUUGUGGGCCUGUUGUUUCUGGAGGAGACCCAUCCGGAGAAGAAGCACCGCCGCGACCCUGGCCUGGCGCUGGGCAAUUGGCUGAUUGCGAAAGUCUGGGGUUCACCCGCGGAGCUUUCCCACGCUACUGACGCCAAAGCGGAAGCAACCGGAGACGACGACUACUUCGACUACGACGCCGUUCCUCCCCCGGAGUAUAGGAGCACCGAGAGCUCUCCCCGCCUGAGCCCCGUCAAGGAGUCCGACUCUCCGCUGUCCGCAGAUGACGACAUUGAGGGGCAGAUGAAGGGCCAGCCGUCUGCCACCCCCAAGGCCUUCACCAAGCAAGUCAUUUUCAACAUUGUCGCCUACGGAAUCCUCGCAUACCACAGUGUUUCCUUCGACCAGCUCAUGCCCAUCUUCCUCAGCACCCCCAAGCCCGACGGCGAUGUCAUCCUGCCUCUGAAGUUCACCGGUGGCCUGGGACUGGCCACGAAGAAGAUCGGUUUCAUGCUGGCGGUGCAAGGCGUCUAUUCCAUGAUCGCCCAGCUCUGGCUGUUUCCAUUCGUCGUCCGUCACUUUGGGACCCUGAGAGUGUUCCGCUUCGUCCUGCUUGUGUGGCCACCGCUCUAUCUCAUGGUCCCCUACCUUAUCCUCCUGCCCGAGCAGCUCCAAACCGCCGCCGCCUAUGUCGCCUUGAUCACUAAAAUCACGCUGCACGUCAUCGCCUUCCCCGCUACCGCAAUCCUCCUCGCCAACGCUGCCCCGUCGUCCAAAGUGCUGGGGUCCAUUAAUGGCGCGGCCGCCUCAACCGCCAGCUUGAGCCGUGCCUUUGGCCCCACGGUCACCGGCCUGCUUCACUCCAAGGGUCUCGAGAGUGGAUACUCCGUGAUUGCCUGGUGGGCGUGUGGAUUCGUUUGCGUUCUUGGCGCCAUCGAGAGUUUCUGGAUGGAAGAACCAGAGCGCGAGCAGGAGGCGGAGAAGAAGGCCGAGUGCGAUGACCUGUCCGUCAACCGGGAACCUCUGCGGGGCUCGUUUACUGCAGGCAAGGAAGACGGCACCGCCGAAGAAGUGCGGAGAUUGCUCUCCUCGGCGCGGACCAGCAUCGAUGACCUGGACAUCCCCAACGUGGAUUUACUGCAAACAAAUCCGCCCUCGGAGUCCGAGCGUGACAAAUCCAACCAGGCUUAG